ACAAUAAAGUGGUCACCUUUUCUCUUCUCUCUCUUUCUCUCUCCUAAAAAAAAUAAGUAGAAGCUCUUCUGAAGAGCUAGUAAGGUAUAUAAACCACCAUUCCACAACAAACAGUGUACCAUCUUUUUAAGCUUUCUUAAACUUUGUAUAGUUAUUAAUAUUCAUAAUUAUUUCUAAUCCAAAAACAAAAAAAAAACAUUAUAAUUUAGAUCAAACACUGAAUAAUUCUCUUUGUUUGAGAUUAGUAGAACUUAUCUAAGAUGAUACUGCCAUGGAGAUCAGAUCAGGGGUGUAUCUGUUCUUGAUUUUUUAAGAUUAGCGGCGCGGUACGAUUUGGGUUGCUAUAUGUAACUAAGCAAGCUAAGAGGUGGUCAUGAGUACUACUUGUAGUGGGAUGUCUUUCUUCCCUCCUAAUUUCAUGCUUCAAACUCCAAAUGAUAAUGAUAAUCAUAAUCAUCAACCUCCUUCUCUCUCUUCUAUCCUUCCACAAGAUUUUCAUGGUGGACUUGCACCAAUGUUAGGGAAAAGAUCCAUGUCAUUUACGGGGAUCGAUAUGUGUGAAGAAGGCAAUAACAACAACAAUCAUCACAAUCAUAAUAAUAAUAAUAAUGUAGGAGACGAAGAUUUAUCGGACGACGGGUCGCAAUUAGGAGGAGGAGGGGAGAAGAAGAGGAGAUUAAAUAUGGAACAAGUUAAGACACUAGAAAAGAAUUUUGAAUUGGGUAAUAAACUUGAACCAGAGAGAAAAAUGCAAUUAGCUAAAGCACUUGGUUUACAACCAAGACAAAUUGCAAUUUGGUUUCAAAAUAGGAGAGCAAGGUGGAAGACAAAGCAAUUAGAGAAAGAUUAUGAUGUUCUUAAGAGACAAUUCGAUGCUCUUAAAUCUGAUAAUGAUGCUCUUCAAUCUCAAAAUCACAAACUCCAAGCCGAGAUAAUGUCACUAAAAAAUAGAGAACCAACAGAGUCGAUAAACUUGAACAAGGACACUGAAGGAUCAUGCAGCAAUAGAAGUGAGAAUAGCUCUGAAAUAAAGUUGGAUAUCUCAAGAACUCCCACAACAACAAUUGAAAGCACACUUGAACUUUCAGCUCAUCCAACCACCACCGCCGCUGCCACCACCACCACCGUCACUGGAAGAACCUUCUUCCCACCGUCGUCCAUGAGGCCCAAUGGACCCCCCGUGGCCCAAGUACUCUUCCAUAACCCACAGCCACCACCAGUCAAGGAAGAGACAUUCACUAGCAUGUUUUGUGGCAUUGAUGAUCAAACUGGGUUUUGGCCUUGGAUUGAACAACAAAAUUUUAAUUAAGUCUUUCUUUCUUUCUUCUUUUUUAAUUUUUUUUCCCUUUUUGUUUGGGAACAAAUAUUUUGGUUUAUGAUCUCACAAGGAAUUGAGUUACUAAAAUUUGACAUAGUAGUUUCAUUUUCUUUUUUUUCUUUUCUUUUUUCUCUUCUCUUGUCAAAUGGCUACUUUUAUUUUUGGUGUAUAAAGUUCAAAAAAUAUCAAGUUGGCUUGAGAGGUCUUUUUCCCUCUCCUUAUUUUUUUUUUCAUUAGUCACUUUAGAUCUUUUAGAGGAAAGUAAUAAAGGGUAUGUUCUUCUGAA